GUAGAAACAAUACUCAACGUCGCCAAUAGGGGGCAGUAUUGUCGCUGUUAAACUGCUUUUUGUUCCCACAAUCCACCGCGGUCCUCCACAUUUGUGCUCUGAGUGUCAAGCCCAAGAUGUCGCUUCAUCGGUUGUUCCAGCUGUCCUCUGUGCUGCGCUCCGCUUUGACUCUCACCCUGCGCAGGAACAUCGGCAUCUCUGCGGUGGUCUUCAACAAGGCCAAGGAGCUCGACCCCAUCCAGAAGCUGUUCCUGGAUAAUAUCAGGGACUACAACAGCAAGAGCAAGGCUGCUGGAGGUAUCGUGGAUGCAGGUCCAAGUUACCAGAAGAACAUGUCUGAGGAAGUAGCCAAACUGCAGAGGCUAUUCGGAGGAGGAGACCUCACCAAGUUUCCAGACUUCAAAUUCCCGGAGGCAAAACUUGAGGAAGGCGCCAAGUGAAGGACGUCGGUGUUGUAAAUCUCCUACAUGUCCCAAAUAUGUUGUAUUUAAUAAAAGAAACCUGAGUGAAA